CUACGAAGAAAAAAAAAACUCGACAAAAUCGCACCAUAAUCUUGUGAAGGUUUUCAUUCUCGACUAUUAGAGACUUGCUUACAAAUUCUAUCCUUGUUUGGUAGAAAGUUACUCUUUCUUCACCUAUGGUUUUUUUUUUUGGUGGAAAAUAUGGCAAAAAUUGUGUUCGUCUUGUUUUUGGUUCAUGUUGUGAGUGCGGAAGGUGUUGGGUUAGAUGAUCCUCUUCCUCCUUUCGUGGUUUUUGACUCCGGGGAGACGAAUUUCACAGUUCCUGUUGACGCAGUUUCGGAAUCAGCUACUGAUGCCCGAGGAACAGACGGAGCUGCUGACGAACAAGCUUUGGAAGAAAGGAAGAACUCGACUGAUGGAUCGCGAGAAAAGGAUGUAAUUUUUCCCGUCACAGUCAAUGAGACCAUCACUGAUGUCCGAGCAGUUGUCGGUGAUCAACUGCAAUGUGUAGAAUGCGACGGUUAUUAUCCCUGUAUAUUCAAUAGGCAGAUCGUUGCUUGUAAAUCUGCCAAUGCGACUGGAUGUACGACUACCUAUGGAAAUGCGAACAAAGAUGGAGUGAUUGCUAUGGGAUGCUUUGAACCCAAGGAUAACGAGGAACGGUUUGCCUCAAGCUGCGUAACGUAUGAAGAUGGCAGAUUUGUUUGUUCUUGCAUUGGCAAUGUCUGCAAUUUGGCAUAUGUCCAAUCUCCAUCCUUCACUGAAGGUGGAUUGAUUUGCUGGCAAUGUGAUGGAGACGAGGAGUGCAACAAAAGGGAACUGGAUAAAAUCAUGACCUGUGACCGAAGAGUGUAUUCUAGUUGUUUGACUGUUUUUGAAACUGUGGAAGGUGGAUUGAUUUGCUGGCAAUGUGAUGGAGACGAGGAGUGCAACAAAAGGGAACUGGAUAAAAUCAUGACCUGUGACCGAAGAGUGUAUUCUAGUUGUUUGACUGUUUUUGAAACUGUGGAAGAAGUCCUGGAUGGGAUUUGCCGCUUCUUCCGCACUAGUGCACUCGUUGACGUGACCAUUGUUUGCGGAGGAUACCAACUCCACGCACACCGCCUUGUUCUUGCCGCAUGCAGUCCUUACUUCGAAGAGCUCUUCCGCAACUUCCCUCCGGACCAAGCCCGUCUCGUUAUCGCGCUUCACAACAUUGAAUGGGAUGCUUUGAGACUCGCAAUAGAGUACAUUUACAAAGGAGAGACUCAGGUUCCAGCGGACAAAUUGGAUGUGUUCCUCGAAGUCGCCAGGCUUCUUGAAAUCAAGGACUUGCGGUCCGGGGUUGAGAAGCCAAACAUGAACGCUGCUCCGCCGAUCCACAGUCAAGCUUCCUCUCAAAUUCCGAAAGUCGAACAACCUGUGGAGUUUGAUGGCGAAAUGGACCAAAGUGCAAGCGCAAAUUUCAGUCAACAAGAGCCCAGAGAUGCCAAAGCUGCUCCCAGGAAUGGGAUCCCAAACCAUGUCGAGCAAGCCACUCCAUUGCGUCCUCCUGAUUAUCCAGUAGCUUGCCCAGCCACGUUCAAUCCAAAGGGUCCAUUUGAGCGACAGAACGAUUGGAUUUGGAUGGGAAGAUUCACGACAAACGAGCCCGCGUAUUUCUGUACAGGUUGUGCUGCUAUGUCUGUGAAUAGAUCAGUUAUGAUUCGGCAUUCUGAGUUGCACAUGACAAAACAGUCCUGA